UGUUAAACGUUUCCGGAAUUUACAUAGUUCUGUCACAAACAUUUCUGAAAAAGUACGCCACAUUUGCUUUGAUUUAAUUUGUUUGUUUUAUUCCAUACUUCAACGAAUAAUAUUCAAAAAAACUGUAAAAAUUAAAUCGGAAGCAGUGAAAAGUGAAUGUUUCGUUAAAUUACUUGAGAGUAAAAAAAUUCUCUGACGUGAAAAAACCGGCUAUACCAGCGCAAUGUAUUUGUAUAAUUUAACGUUACAGCAUUCAACUGCAAUUACACAUGCGGUUCAUGGUAGUUUUUCUGGAACAAAGUCUCAAGAGAUUUUGGUAUCACGCGGCAAGAGCUUAGAAUUAUUACGACCAGAUCCAAAUACAGGGAAAAUGCACACCCUUUUGACAGUUGAAGUAUUUGGUGUUAUACGAUCGCUCAUGACAUUUCGUUUGAUUGGUGGAUCCAAAGAUUUUGCUGUAGUUGGUUCUGACUCUGGGCGUAUUAUUAUAUUGGAAUACAUACCAUCGAAAAACGUAUUGGAAAAGGUGCAUCAGGAAACAUUUGGAAAAUCGGGAUGUCGUCGAAUUGUACCUGGUCAAUAUUUGGCAAUUGAUCCAAAAGGUCGCGCUGUAAUGAUCGGUGCAGUUGAAAAACAAAAAUUGGUUUAUAUUUUAAAUCGCGAUUCGGAUGCUCGAUUAACAAUUUCCUCACCAUUGGAGGCACAUAAGUCCAACACUUUAACAUAUCAUAUGGUUGGUGUUGAUGUUGGUUUUGAAAAUCCAAUGUUUGCAUGUCUUGAAAUCGACUACGAAAAAUCUGACGCAGAUCCAUCUGGUGAAGCAGCUCAACAAACACAACAAACUCUGACCUUUUAUGAACUCGAUUUGUCAUCAAAUCAUGUAGUACGAAAAUAUUCAGAGCCCCUAGAGGAGUAUGCAAACUUUCUCAUUUCAGUACCUGGAGGUAAGGAUGGACCUUCUGGUGUUUUGAUUUGUUCUGAAAAUUAUUUAACAUAUAAAAACCUGGGAGACCAGCAUGAUAUUCGUUGUCCAAUACCACGAAGACGUAACGAUUUGGAUGAUCCCGAACGGGGCAUGAUUUUUGUUUGUUCUGCUACCCAUCGCACAAAAUCAAUGUAUUUUUUCCUAGUCCAGUCUGAACAAGGCGAUAUAUUCAAAGUGACAUUAGAAACAGAAGAUGAUGUUGUAUCCGAGAUAAAACUCAAGUAUUUUGAUACAGUACCACCAGCAACGUCAAUGUGUGUCCUGAAAACUGGAUUUCUAUUCAUUGCUUGUGAUUUUGGGAAUCAUUAUUUGUACCAAAUAGCCCAUCUGGGAGAUGAAGACGAUGAGCCUGAAUUUAGUUCAGCAAUGCCUUUAGAAGAAGGUGAUACAUUUUUCUUUGCGCCUAGGCUUUUGAAAAAUUUAGUAAUGGUAGAUGAGCUACAUUCGUACGCACCAAUAUUGGGGUGCCAAGUUGCAGACUUAGCCAAUGAAGAUACACCACAGUUAUAUUUAAUGUGUGGCCGAGGUCCGCGCUCUUCAUUACGAGUAUUACGUCAUGGAUUGGAAGUGUCUGAAAUGGCUGUAUCUGAGCUUCCUGGAAAUCCAAAUGCCGUAUGGACAGUAAAAAAACGAGCUGAUGAUGAAUAUGAUGCGUAUAUCAUUGUUUCGUUUGUGAAUGCCACCUUGGUGCUUAGCAUUGGUGACACCGUUGAAGAAGUAACAGAUAGUGGUUUUUUGGGAACUACUCCUACACUUUGUUGCUCUUCUCUUGGUGAUGAUGCAUUGGUACAAGUAUAUCCUGAAGGUAUUCGACAUAUUCGAGCAGAUAAACGAGUCAAUGAGUGGAAAGCACCCGGGAAGAAAACAAUAUCGAAAUGUGCAGUUAAUCAACGACAAGUCGUGAUUGCUUUAUCUGGUGGCGAGUUGGUCUAUUUUGAAAUGGAUCCAACUGGCCAAUUGAAUGAAUAUACAGAGAGAAAGCGGAUGCCUUCAGAUGUUUUAUGUAUGGCUCUGGGUACAGUGCCGCCAGGCGAACAACGUUCCUGGUUUUUAGCCGUUGGAUUGGCUGACAAUACAGUUCGCAUAAUAUCAUUGGACCCCUCCGAAUGCUUAUCACCAAGAUCAAUGCAAGCCCUGCCUUCAUCAGCUGAGUCUUUGUGUAUUGUUGAAAUGGGUGUUGCAGAUUCAAUUGAAACUGAAAGUGGAAACAUGCAAACAAGUGGUUCAUUACAUUUGAACAUUGGUUUAAGUAAUGGUGUUUUACUUCGUACAUCAUUAGAUCCUGUGACUGGUGAUUUGGCAGAUACAAGGACACGUUAUUUGGGAUCUCGGCCAGUUAAACUAUUCCGCAUAAAAAUUAAAGGCUACGAAUCUGUCCUAGCAAUGUCUAGCCGAACUUGGUUGAGCUACUAUUUCCAAAACCGGUUUUAUUUGACGCCGUUGUCGUAUGAAUCACUAGAAUUUGCUUCAGGGUUUUCUAGUGAACAAUGUUCGGAAGGAAUUGUUGCCAUUUCUACAAAUACUUUGAGAAUUCUGGCUUUGGAAAAACUUGGUGCAGUUUUCAAUCAAAUCACGUUCCCACUCGAAUACACGCCUCGUCGCUUUACAAUACAUAGCGAUACAUGUCGACUGAUAGUUGCUGAAACUGAUCAUAAUGCUUACACAGAAGAUACCAAAAGUAUUCGUAAAAUGCAAAUGGCUGAGGAGAUGCGAGAAGCAGCAGGAGAAGAUGAACAAGAUUUGGCCAAUGAAAUGGCAGAAGCUUUCAUCAAUGAAGUACUGCCUGAAAAUAUAUUUUCAGCACCAAAGGCUGGAGUUGGUAUGUGGGCGUCAGUUAUUCGUAUAAUUGAGCCAGCUCAUGGACAUACAAUACAUAAGGUAAAAUUGGCGCAAAAUGAAGCAAUCGUCUCAAUGUGCACCGCAAAAUUUCACUCGACAAUGGAUGGAAGAACAUACUUGGCUAUUGGUAUUGCAAAGGAUCUGCAGUUGAAUCCACGAUUAAACAAUGGUGGAUGCAUUGAUAUUUAUCGCAUUGAUGUCACAUGUUCUAAUUUGGAGCUCGUUCAUCGUACUGAAAUGGAUGAAGUGCCAGGUGCAUUAUGUGCAUUCCAAGGAAGACUCGUAGCAGGCAUUGGAAAGAUUUUGCGUAUUUAUGAUUUGGGCAAAAAGAAACUCUUGCGAAAAUGCGAAAACAAACAUAUACCGAAUCAAAUUGUGAAUAUUCAAUCUAUGGGACAACGUAUCUAUGUAGCCGAUGUGCAAGAGUCUACAUAUUUUGUCCGAUAUAAACGUGCUGAAAACCAAAUAAUCAUUUUUGCCGAUGAUACACAUCCACGUUGGAUAACAUCGAUGACAUUACUUGAUUACGACACAAUCGCAACAGGCGACAAAUUUGGUAAUAUUUCAAUUUUGCGCCUUCCACACUCAGUUACUGAUGAUGUAGAUGAGGACCCAACCGGUACUAAAUCAUUAUGGGAUCGGGGACUAUUAAGUGGUGCUUCACAGAAAGCUGAAAAUAUUGGAACUAUUCACAUAGGCGAGAUUGUAAUGUCGAUGCAAAAAGCAACUCUAAUACCGGGAGGUUCUGAAUCCCUAAUAUAUGCUACGAUUAAUGGAUCUGUGGGUGCUUUGGUUCCAUUUACAAGCCGUGAAGACUAUGACUUUUUCCAACACUUGGAAAUGCAUAUGCGAAAUGAAAAUCCACCGCUUUGCGGCCGUGAUCACCUAAGUUAUAGAAGCUAUUAUUAUCCCGUUAAGAAUAUCAUGGAUGGAGAUCUCUGUGAGCAGUUUACAUCGUUAGACUUAACAAAGCAAAAGAACAUAGCAAAUGAUUUGGGUCGAACUCCCAACGAAGUGGCAAAAAAACUUGAAGACAUUCGAACAAGAUAUGCAUUUUAAACUUAAUUUCAUUGUUAAUUUCUCCAAUAAAAUAAAAAAAAUAAAGUAAUUCUGGACUUGAUUGACAUACUGAUUUAUGAAUCAGGUUAAUUGGUAGUAAGUAGAUUUAUAUAUUGAUAAUUUUAAACUAUAGUAUUUUCACUCCAGCAAACAAAAAAGUAAAAAGUAAGAAAUAUACAUUUAAACAGAGAAAAAUUUAACGUUUUGAACCAUCUUGGUGGUCAUUUUCGCGUCAAACGGAACAGAGAUUAUGUGCAUAAUUUACGAAUUCCAAUGGAAUUGAUCAAAUUCAUUCAUGCAUGCAAUAUUAUUUCGUUUGUCAACAUAAUGUGGACACAACCCAAUACAAAAGGUUUUAAAUUGCGAAUCCAACAACUUAUUCGUUGUUCAAAUAAAAAAAUAAACAAUUCAUUUGGAAAGAGA